AUGAAACCACCAGCACACUGCUACUUAGUCGUCACUAAAGAUUCCAAGGAUAAAAAAACCACAAAAGCCACCAACGAAAUCACCGGCGCAGCCAAGCGAAAAAUCAGCCAAAUAACCCGUAAACAACCCCAAGAGAAGAGGAUAGGGUUGGGAGGAGAGAGAAAAGGAAGGGGUGGAGAGGGUAGGGGAGGGGAGGAGAGGGGUGGGGUGGGGUUGUGGCGACUGGAGCUAAGUUCUGAGGAUUUUUUUUAG